UAGCCUAGCCAUCUAUUGCCAGAGACUAUCAGGUUCUGCAGCCAAAAUAACGAUAUCUCGCUCUCUAGAAGACCGCAAAGACUUCAUCAAUGAGUCAUGGAGAGGUAGGAACUCUGUAUGAUUCAUCAGUAUGCAGCACUGGAAAAGGCAAGAGUAAAUCAUCUAUUAGAAAGGUCACAUAUGGCUUCCACUUGGUUGAGGGAAAACAAGGUCAUGCCAUGGAAGACUACCAUGUUGCUGAAUUCAAGCAGGUGCAUGGCUAUGAAGUCGGCCUGUUUGCUAUAUUCGAUGGACAUUCAGGUCAAGAUGUUGCAAGUUACCUCCGUAAUCAUUUGUUCGACAAUAUCCUUCACGAACCAGACUUUUGGACUGACACAAUGAGUGCAAUAAGAAGAGCAUAUCAUAGAACCGAUCGUAAGAUUUUGAAGAGGAAAGCAAAUGAUGUAAGGAGAAGGGGAGGUUCCACUGCUGUUACAGUGAUAGUGAUCAAUGGUGAGAAGCUGGUAGUUGCCAACAUUGGCGAUUCUCGUGCAGUCAUAUGCGAGGAAGGCGUCGCUAGGCAACUAUCAGUGGAUCAUGAACCAUUAAAGGAGCGAAGUCUAAUAGAAAGCAAAGGUGGAUUUGUCACUAAUGAGAUAGGAAAUGUGCCACGAGUCGACGGGCAAUUGGCGAUGUCAAGGUCAUUUGGUGACAGGACCUUAAAGGAACACAUCAGCUCGGAUCCUGAUGUUGUAAUAGAGGAUAUUGAUGAAGAUGCUGAGUUCAUUAUUUUGGCCAGUGAUGGUUUGUGGAAGGUGAUGUCCAACCAAGAGGCAGUGGAGACGAUCAAGGACAUCAAGGAUGCUCGGAGGGCAGCAAUGGAGCUAAUCGAGGAGGCGCUUCUUAGGAAAAGCAAGGAUGACAUCUCCUGCAUUGUUGUGCACCUAUGCUAAAUUCCAUUUUAACUGCUCCUGGAUUUGAUCUAGAACAGAGACAAUACCACUGGAAUUGUACUAGAAUUAUAGUAUGCAUGUUAUUCGGUGAAUAGGAGAGAACUCGUCUAAUAUGCUUUGCUUUACUAUAAGACUAUCUCUGUUGGCCAAGUUCUAAAUGAUGUAAAUGCUCCAAUGGUUCAGAAUCUUU